UAGGUCUCUUCUACUACUACGCCAUUGUUGUAGCGAUCCAAAACGCAUCUGCAAACACGCCUCUAACGCCACCUAGAAAUCGUGUUCAGUGUUACUUCUUCAUCAAUGGCGUUCAAGAAAGCUUUAGCUCACCGCCUCUUCAGCAUGGCAAGAAUCGGCAACCCCGCCGUCACAAACUGCCGGACUUCCUUACCUCGGGCGGCUGUGGGAUCCGCCGCGUCGAGUCCUCAGACAACGCCGAAUAGGCUCGCCCCUGAUCCUGGAGACGAUGGGAUCUUCCGACGGGAAGACUCGUUGGCCGCCCCGCCGUUGGGGCUGCGGUUUCUUCCCACCGGAGAAAAGCUCCUGGAGAAGCUCCGGGGGAUGGACAUUGCCAGGGACAGGAUUAGGCUUGAUGGGCUUAGGCCUCCGGCGCAGGCGCCGGAGGAGGAGGGGAAGCUGACGGUGGCGGAUGCGAAGAAGAUUCUUAGGUUGUCCCAGUUGGAGAUGGUCAAGUCGAACCUGAGGCAGAUUGAGAAGGAUUGUGUGUCUUAUCCGGAGUUCUUGGAGAUUUGUGCUAAGGAAUGCUCGAAUUUGGAUCAAGCGCUGGAAUUUGCUAAAAUGCUUGAUGAAUCGGGGAGCGUGAUUGUUCUUGGAAACAUCGUGUUCCUCAGGCCUGAUAAGGUGGUGAAAGCCAUCCAAGGAUUGUUGCCAGUGUCCUUAGCCCCCAAAUCCUAUGAUCCCAGAAUGAGAGAACUCCAAGAAUUGGAGAAUCAGAAAGCAGAGAUUGACAGGAAAGCGGAGCUGCACAUACGGCGGGAGCUCAUGUGUGGAUUAGCCUAUCUGGUUGUCCAGACAGCAGCUUUCAUGAGACUGACAUUCUGGGAGCUCUCUUGGGAUGUCAUGGAACCUAUCUGUUUCUAUGUUACAUCAUUUUAUUUCAUGGGAGGUUACGCAUUCUUCCUAAGAACAAAGAAAGAGCCCUCGUUCGAGGGGUUUUACCAGAGCCGAUUCACCGCCAGGCAGAAGCGGCUGAUGAAGGCUGAAAAUUUCGAUGUUGAGAGGUACAAUGAGCUGAAGAAGGCUCUCUGUUCUCAGACAUCGGCAGCCCAAGAAAGCGCUGUCUCAAUUAGUUAUCCAGUUUGUAGUGAUGCACAGAGGAUGUAGAAAUUGUGAUCUUGUUUAAAAUUAAGAAAAUGAGAUUAAAAAAAAAAAAAAAAAAAACGCAUAUAUCAGAAGAUAUAAAGUUACAGAAAUUUUUGUUUUAGGCUUGUACCCUUUGAACUGAAUGCUAGAUUUCUGUGUCUUGGCGGCUCCUGUAACCAUAAUGUACAGAGGCAUUAUAACAAUAGGAAUGGGAUUUCUUCUUACAA